GAGUCUGGGAUCUCUGUAUUGUCGAUGGUAUACCGGUAGGAGUUGGAAGAGGUCACCUUUUGUAGCUAAUUGAGCAUGAAGACAUGUCUCAAGGUGCCCUUCUUAGCUAUUACUACAGUCAUAGUUGGUUAUAUUCCACUGAUGAUCCUGUCUCCUCAGCUCUAUUCUAGAUCUUCUGUAACACAUCCAUUGACAAUUAAACCACUUUUGAGUCGAAGACUGUACAACAGCAUGGAUAAAAUAACACGAAAUGAUCAUUUGGAUAUGAACGAAGUGGAAAAAGAGCUUUCCAUUAGAAAUUAUGUUCCGAACAAGGUUAUCAAAUCAAUCGAUGAAAAAAUCAGAUUAACUGUUUCACCCCUUCUAGUAGCCAAUGGUGGCGAGGUCACUGUUCAAUGGAACAAUUUGCAUCACCAUACAUGCAAUAGCUGGAUUGGUCUCUAUUGUCCAGCACGUUCCUCACACUUCAACACAAUUGAUUUCUGGUGGAUUAAAGACUUGGUUGACAAUACACAGACAUACAUCAGUGUUAGAUUCACUCUGUACAAUGUGAGAACUGACUGUCAAUUUCGUUACUUUGUCAAUGACACUGCGACUAAACUGGUUGCUGUUAGCAGCAAGAUCCACUUUAUAGACGCUCAAAAUUCUCAUCUUCACGUUCACUUAGCCCUCACCAACAAACACAAUGAAAUGCGAGUGCAGUGGACAACUGGAAAAGAAUGUGUUCCCACUGUUCAUUAUGGCAGAUUACCUGAUAAUCUUAACCUCAAAGCUACUGGUAUCUCCAGGACGUACGCAGCAUCGGACAUGUGUGGUCCUCCAGCUAACAUGUCUGCAUACUUUAUCAAUCCUGGCUAUCUUCACGAUGUUUUACUAACAGACUUGACUCCAAACACUCAGUACUACUAUCAAGUCAGUGGAACAGGAAUCUCCAGUGAAACAAUGACUUUCAGAACCUCCCCAUACCCUGGCAGCAACCUCCCUCUCACCUUUGACAUCUACGGAGACAUGGACAUUACAAAAUAUUCAGAGCAGACAGCGGCUCGCGUCUUAACUGACAUCGAACGAGGAGCCUCAUUCAUACUGCAUAUUGGAGACCUGUCAUAUGCCACUGGUAUAGCAUAUCGCUGGGACGAGUGGAUGACACUGAUAGAACCUCUCUCAAGCCGUGUGCCGUACAUGGUAUCUGUGGGUAACCAUGAACAAUGCUCAACUGGUGACAACAAGAAUAACCCCUCAGGAAACUCGUUUCAUCCGACUUGGGGCAAUUAUCGUCAUGAUUCGGGUGGUGAAUGUGGAAUGCCUACAUCGAAACGUUUUCAUAUGCCAGAUAAUGGCAACGGUGUGUGGUGGUACAGUUUUAAGUACGGACUUACUCACAUAAUUCAACUCAGCACAGAACACAGUCUAAGUCCCGGGUCAGAUCAGUACAUCUGGCUAGAGAGAGCGCUUGAAUCCGUCGAUCGUGAGACCACCCCCUGGCUAAUUGUGACAGGGCAUCGUCCUUUAUACAACAGUGUAGGCCAUCAAGAUGACUUUAACGUUAGCUUAUAUUUGAGAAGAGACAUUGAUGAUUUGCUUCACACACAUGGUGUGGAUUUGUUUGUAGCUGGACACUACCAUUCUUAUGAGCGAACUUGCCAAGUGUAUAAAGGGAAGUGUACUCCUGAUGGUGUUUUACAUGUGACUGUGGGGUGUGCUGGAAUGUAUUUGGAACCUGCACCUCUGUUGGGUUUCGAUUGGUCAAAGCACUAUGAAGCCUCUUAUGGUUACGGACGAGUGACUAUUAUUAGUAAGAAUGAACUUUUAUGGGAAUUUGUAAGAGUUGAAGAUGGUUUUGUGUCAGAUCAUUUCAGGCUUCAUAAGUUGAAUUAUUUAUAAUCAAUGUAGAAAUAGUGUCAUACUUUUCUAUGUCAUCAUAAUUAUACCUCUCUUCUUGGUCUCCAAGGAGACAGACAUGGGCCCACUUGAGAGUAGUCACCCAGACGGGGCUCUCAUAAAUCCAUUAUUAUAUUAUCGUCACCAAACUGUCUAAUCUGGCCCUCCGAAAUGUAUGAAAUAGGAAGUUCCUCAA